GGCCGGGCCGGGCCGGGCGGGGCGGCGGCGGCGGCGCUUCCUGGUGCGGCGGUGCAUGGCGCUGGUCACAGUGCGGCGGGCGGCGGGCUCCGCCGGGGGCCCCGCCGCGGAGGAAGAUGUGCCCAGGCGUGGCCAGCUGCAACGGCGGCAGAGCUUCGUUGUGGUCAAGGGGGCCGCGCUGCUGCUGCCUGCGGAGGAGCCACCGGAGGCCGAGGCCGAGCCAGGCCCAGCAGUGCCAGCACCAGCGCCACCCUGCGCCGCUCCAGGGCAGCAGGAGCAGCACCUGGAGCUCAUGAUGCGCCUGCUGCGCCCGCAGGACGCCAUCCGGCUGGCAGUGCGGCUGGAGUCAGCACGGCCCCGGCGGCUCCGGUACCUGUUGGUGGUGCGACCUGAGGAGCGGGGCGCUGAGGGGCAGACGGCACUGCUGGGCGUGGACUUCCCACACGAGGGUGCCGCCAGCUGCACCCUGGGCAUGGUGCUGCCCCUCUGGAGCGACACCCAGGUCUUCCUCGACGGCGACGGGGGCUUCAGUGUGACAUCCGGGGGACAGACCCGCAUCUUCAAGCCCAUCUCGGUCCAGACCAUGUGGGCAGUGCUGCAGGAGCUGCACCGGGCCUGUGGCGAGGCGGCCCACGGCGGGCACAUCCCUGGGGGCCCAGCACUGGCCUGGGCCCGGCACUACGCAGCGGCCGUGGCCUCAGAGCAGAGCUGCAUCAACGAGUGGCAGGCAAUGGCUGACCUGGAGUCCGUGCGGCCUGGCUCACCCACGCUGCCUGCCCCCGGGCCGGCGGCGCCGGAGCUGACGGAGCAGGCAGUGCGGGCCAUGCUCCGGGACGUCAUGGCCACCGCGGACCUGGAGAGCGUCACCUCCAAGGAGGUGCGGACGGAGCUGGAGCGCCGCAUGGGGCACAGCCUGGCCCAGCACAAGGACUUCAUCGACAAUGAGAUGCUGCUGGUGUUGGCGCAGAUGGACCGGCCCUCCCGCAUCUUCCCGCACCUCUACCUGGGCUCUGAGUGGAACGCAGCCAACCUGGAGGAGCUACAGCAGAACCGGGUCACCCACAUCCUGAACGUGGCACGGGAGAUCGACAACUUCUUCCCAGCGCUGUUCACCUACAUGAACGUGAGGGUGUACGACGAGGACACGGCCCAGCUCCUGCCCCACUGGAACGACACCUUCCUCUUCCUCUCUGAUGUCCGGGCCCGGCGAGGCCGGGUACUGGUACACUGCCGGAUGGGGCUGAGCCGCUCGGCAGCCACGGUGCUGGCCUACGCCAUGAAGGAGUUUGGGUGGCCCCUGGAGCGGGCACUGCGGCAUGUCCGGCGCUGCCGUCCCGGCGUCGUGCCCAACCCUGGCUUCAUGCGCCAGCUCGACUUCUACCAGGGCAUCCUGCAGGCCAGCCGGCACAGCAGCCUGUGGGAGCCGAAGGCAGCAGAGCGGGCGGUGGAGCCGGACAAGGGCCGCGAGGCCGCGCCGGGGGACGAAGGCGGCCGGUCGCUGUCCCCGCAGCCUCUGGGGCCCGCGGAGGCCAGCGGGCACCUGGCAGGGCUGGGGGUGUCGGGGGCCCCCCGGCGCCCGCGCAUCUCCCUCCGCGCCGUCAUGCGGAGCAUCAGCCAGAUGGAGCCCCCCGAGCUGCCAGAGGAGCCCCUCGACGGGGAGGUGUUUGAUGCCGCGCCGCGGGGCAGCAUCCUGGUGUGCCCCACGGAGGAGGCGGAGGGCCCAGGCGAGCAGGCCCUGGUCGUAGGGCACCAGCGUGGCUCCAAGAGUGCCGCCCCCGGGUGCCCACCACCGUGCCCCUCGGGGGCCCGGCCCUCCUCCCGGCCCCGGCGCGUGGUGCGCCAGGCCAGCCUGGAUGGGGGCCCCACCCCCGAGGAUGGCCCCGCCCCCAACACGACACCCUGGGGGGAGGCUGCCCUGUGCCCUGCCCCUUCCUGUGGCCCUGCCCCCUGCCUGGCCCCGCCCCCCACCUCUGACCCUGCCCCUUGCCCCACCUCUGCCUCCAACCCUGGCCCCGCCCCACUCCCCUCUGACCCCACUCCUUGCCCCACCCCUUCCUCUGGCCCCACCCCCUGCCCUGCCUCCUCCUCUGACCCUACCCUGCUCCCCUCUGACCCUGACCCUUGCCCCACCCCUCCUGGCCCCACCCCCUGCCCUAACUCCAACCCUGAUCCCGCCCCACUCCCCUCUGACCCCACCCCCAGCCCAGCCCACCCACUUCCCUCUAACCCCCAGGGCACUGCCCACAUAGGGGAGCCGUGAGGGAAGGGGGCAGAGCCUGGGCAUAUGGGAGGUGGAGCCAGAGGAGCCAUCCCUGCCCCCCACACACACUGCCUGCACUUUGGGGGCAGAGGUGGUGCUGCCUCACCCCCCCCACACUGCCCUGCUGUGCCCCCAGUGUAGGGGGCAUGGCCAUCCUGUCACUGCAUGUCAGCACCCAGCACCAGCACUCACAAGCCGGAGAAUAAAGAGUGGAAACGGC